AUGGCCGGCGGAAUCACCGUUCGCGAUGUCGAUGCGCAAAAGUUCAUCACUGCCUAUGCUGCUUUCUUGAAGCGCCAGGGCAAGCUGCCCAUCCCUGGUUGGGUUGACACCGUCAAGACUGGUCCCGCCAAGGAGCUGCCUCCCCAGGACAUUGACUGGUUCUACGUCCGUGCCGCCUCCGUCGCCCGCCACGUCUACCUCCGCAAGACCGUCGGUGUUGGCCGUCUCCGCAAGGUUCACGGCACUGCCAAGAACCGUGGCAACCGCCCCAGCCACCACGUCGAUGCCUCCGGCUCCGUCGACCGCAAGGUCCUCCAGGCCCUCGAGAAGAUUGGCGUCGUUGAGCAGGACGAGGACAAGGGUGGCCGCCGCAUCACCCAGUCCGGCCAGCGUGAUUUGGACCGAAUUGCCCAGACCACCGCUGAGGCCGAGGAGGAGGAUGAGGAGUAAAUCAAAAUAAAAAAAAAGUCUUUUUGCUUUUCUCUUACAACUGUCAUGGAUGGCGGCAUUGGAAUGGGCGUACGGUCUUAGUGUUUGAGAUGUAUGAACAAGAUUCCCUCUGGUUUUGGGCUUUCGGUUACCAAACUGGACGUGCCACAGCCGUCUCUUGAUCAA